AUGAAUAUUCAACAAAUUAAUGAACUACGAUCAAAACAUGAUAAAAAUGAUUAUAAUCAAUUUAAAUAUAAACAUAAACAUUCAAAUGGUUUACCUACUUUAUAUCAUUUAACUAUCAAUCUUAUCAAAAGAAAUUUAUCUCAAAUUAAUGAUAUUGGUUUAAUACCUUACCAUUUAUUAGAACCAAUUCUUGUUAAAAUGUCAUCAAAACAAUUAAGUUCAUUAGAAGAGAAAUCAAAUCAAUUAAUGCCAUAUAGUGAUAAAAUUUGGAAGUCAUUAAUAUUAAAAGAUUUUCCUAAUCGACCUAUUGAAAUUAAACAAUUAAAUAAGAAAAAAACCAUGCCUUAUAAAUCAUUAUAUUAUAAAUAUGUUAAAGAACGAGAAGAAUAUAGAAAAGAUUCAACAAAGAGAUUGAAAAAAUUAAAUGAUUCAUUAAUGCAAGAAAAAGCAAGAAAUAAAGUAAUUGCAGUUGAUGAUGUAUUAAAAGACCCUACGAUAAAGAAAAGAUUUGAUUAUGGAUCAAAUAGAAAUUAUAGACAUGCAACUUUACCAAAUAAAAAUACAAUAUUGGGGAAAGCAAGAAGAGAAACUCAACUGAGAUCUCUAAUAUUUGGAAGACAAAAAUCUUAUGACCCUUGUGCUGCAUUUAAAAAGAUUUCACAACCUACUCAAAUACAACCACCAAGAAAUCAUAUACAUACAAAAUUUACGUAUCAAAAACCACAACCAAUACCAAAAGCAAGUGAAGUUAAACCAUCAAUUAAAAAACCGACAAAUGAAGUUAAAAAGAUAUCUACUAUACGACCCCAAACAGCUUCACCACCUCCAUCAAUAUUCAUACAGAGAAAACGAACACUACCGAAUAAAUCACCAGAACCUAAAAAGAAAAAAGAGAAAAUUGAUGAAAGUCCAAGUGAGAUAAAACCAUUAAAAUCUUCUAUAUUUAGUUAA